GUUUUUUCACAGCCAAGACACAAUCAGCUGAGUACUUAUUGCAGUCACGUGUGAUAUGUCGACCUCGAGCGAGUACUACUCAUACAAAUAAUAUGUCAAUCUGGAGCGACAACUCAUACAAAUGAUAUGUCAAUCUGGAGCAAUAAAUCAUACAAUUCAAAUGAUAUGUCGAUAUGAAGCCAGAACUCAUAUAAAUGACAUGUCAAACGAUCGAGAACUCAUACGAAAGAUAUGUCGAUCGGAAGUGAAUACUAAUACAAAUAAUAUAGUAAUGUAGAGCGGGAACUUUUACAAAUGGUAUGUCAAACUGAAUCAAAUGGUAUGUUAACCUAGAGCUGGCACUUGUAAAAAUAGUACACCUUAAUUGUGCCAUACAUCUAGUACAGGAUUUUUGAGGAUACACUUUAGAAGAAUACAUACUGACAUGACUGAUGAUAAAUCUUUUAAUCAUGAAGUUUGCGGGGAAAAAUUUUCCGAGAGCUGGAACUUGCAGAGAACACACACUGGUGAUAAAACUCGUCAAUGUGACAUAUGUGAUAAAACGUUUAAUCAGCUUGGUAACUUGCAAAAACACAUGAGAGUGCAUACGGAUGAUAAACCCCAUCAAUGUGAUAUAUGUGGUAAAGCGUUUAGACAGCUUGUUAACUUGCAGAAUCACACGAGAACACACACUGGAGAUAAACCACAUCAAUGUGAUAUAUGUGGUAAAAGGUUUAUUCAACAUUGUAACAUGCAGAAUCACAUGAGAAUACAUACUGGCGAUAAACCUCAUGAAUGUGAUAUAUGUGGUAAAAGGUUUGGUCAGCUUGGUACCUUACAGAGACACAAGAGAACACACAUUGGUGAUAAACCUUAUCAAUGUGAUAUAUGUGUUAAAAGAUUUAGUCACUUAAGUACUUUAAAGAAACAUAAGAGAACACACACUGGUGAUAUGCCUGAUCAAUGGGAUAUCAUUGGUGAAGAGUUAAGUAGCUUGCAGAAUCACUCGAAAACAUACACAGGUGAUGAACCUGUAUUCGGUAAAGGGUUAAGUGAUCACAAUGCCUAUCGUACUCACUCGGGGACACACACUGGUGAUAAACCUCACCAAUGUGAUAUAUGUGGUAAAGGAUUAAGUCAUCUUUGUAGCUUACAGAGACACAUGAGAAAGCAUACUGGUGAUAAACCGUUUAAAUGUGGUGUAUGUGGUAAAGAAUUUGGUCGAAGAUAUGUUCUUUAUAGACACGUAACAACACACUCAAGUGAUAAACCGUUUUCGUGUGAUAUGUGUGGUAAAGAAUUUAGUGAUAAUAGUAAUAUGCAUAAACACAUGAGGUUACAUACUGGCGAUAAACCUUUUAAGUGUGGUGUAUGUGACAAAGGAUUUAGUCGAGUUGAUUACCUUCAGAAACACAUGAGAACACAUACUGGGGAUAAACCGUACAAGUGUGAUGUGUGUUGUAAAGAGUUUAGUGAUCACAGUGCCUAUAAUAGACACAUGAGGAUACACACUGGUGAGAAACAUGAAAAAUGUGGCGUCUGUGGUAAAGAGUUUGGUCGAAAAGAAGCUCUACAAAGGCACAACAAAACACACACUCGCGAUAAAACAUAUGAAUGUAAUGUGUGGUAGAGGGCUCAGUAACUAUAAGAACUUACAGAGGCAAAACACACUUGCUUACAUAAAGUUUUUGUAUGAUGGAAAAGAGUCUGGUCGAAAAAAUAAUUUAGCAGAGGUGCAUUAGAACGCAUACUAGUGACAAACCUUACAUGUGUCUUAUAUAUACAGUCGACUUCGACUCAUCCGAAAUUUCGAGUCAACCGAGUUCGAGACAACGAGAGUAAACUGUAGAAAAUAGUUCAUUCGAAAAUAUAAUUAACUUAAAAACAUGAAAGCACAUACUGGUAACAAACCUAACAAUCAUGAUGUACAUGCUAUAUACGUCAUGUAUGUAAAAACAUGAGUAAAUUAUGUAGUCCGACUUAAUACAACAAUACACAAGGGGUCCAUCAAAAGAAGAAGUAUGUUCGAUAAGACCUUACUAUGGCCUCGAUUUCUAGCUUUUUUUCAAAUAAUGAUUUAAUUGCCCUUUUAAUUUACAUAAUUGGUGAAAAAUUAUCAUUUUUUUUUUGUAUUAAUAAUUUAAUAGUAAAAAUUAGUUAGUUAGCUUUCAAUUAAAACAGGUUGAAUGAUCAAAAUAAUUUUAAGCAUUAUUUUUAAUAUAAAAUUAAGAAUGGAAAUGGGGAAUGUGUCAAAGAGACAACAACCCGACCAAAGAGCAGAAAACAGCCGAAGGCCACCAAUGGGUCUUCAACACAGCGAGAAAAUCCCGCACCCGGAGGCGGGCUUCAGCUGGCCCCUAAACAAAAAUGUGUACUAGUUCAAUGAAAAUGGACGUCACGUCACUCUAAACUCCAAAACAUAUAAAUGAACUAAAAUUAAAAAACAUAUAAGACUAACAAAGGGAAGAGGCUCUAGACUUGGGACAGGCGCAAAAAUGCGGCGGGGUAAACAUGUUUUAUGAGAUCUCAACCCUCCCCCUAUACCUCUAGCCAAUGUAGAAUAAACAAACACACAGCAAUACGCGCAGUAAAACUCAGUUUAAAAGAAGUCCGAGUCUGAUUUCAGAAUAGGUAACAAAAGAAACUGAGCAAAAUGACAAGGAAACAUAAAUUAACAAAUGACUACUAGCAGUUACUGACAUGCCAGCUCCAGACCUCAAUUAAACUGAUUGAAAGAUUAUAUCUUCAUCACAUUAAAAAUCAAGCACAAUCCCUCCCGUUAAGGGUUUAGUAUCAUACCAUCAUAAAAUAUACGAGAAGAACAUAACCCGUAUCAUGCCAACAACUGGUUUUAGAAUAAUAAAUGUGUUUUUUUCCGAUGCAAAGACCCUAUGAGUGAAUCAAUAUUAAUACCAAAAUAUGCCAUCUUUAAUAAUCUGACAAUAGUAUCGCAACUAUAUCCCUUCUGAAUAAGUCUGUUUAAAAGUUUGGUUAGCUUUUGAGGUGAAUGUCGACAUUUUUGUGCUAGUUAUACUUGUUUUAAGGGGAGACUGUAAACUUCUUGUUUUGUUGGUAGUGAAAAUUGAAAACUUAUCUGUAGCUACUGUGGGUCUUUCCGGAGCAGGCGAAUGUAUUCUGAAGGGAGAAUUUUUAUACGACCGCAAAAAAAUUUUGUGGUCGUAUAUUGGUAUGACGUUGGC